AUGCGCGUGCAUGGCACAUUACUGCAGUUGCACCGUCACUUCCAAGUUGGUGGGCUCCACUCACACACUUCCCACUUCGCGCACGUAAUCUCCAACCCGUGUGGGACCCUUCUCAACACGCGUCAACCUCCCACGUGCCAAGCUGUGGGUCUCACAAAUCAGAAGUUGACUUUUGGCAUAGUAAGAGAAACAGUAGCAAGCCACGUUGGUCUCUCGAAGAGUGGGUUCCGCACACCCGCUAAACGACGCCUUGUGGUUUUGUUUGGAUUCGACAAGUCAAAGGCACAUGAGACAAACAAUUCCCUAACUUUGAAGCAAUCGAAUAAGAGGCAACAUGAAUCUUGUGUGCCUCUUGAUCAAAUUGUUGCAGGAAGAGCCAUGUUAUGGUUGAUUCUCUUGCAGAGUGAAGAUAAAGCUAAUUAA